GCUGUAAGCCUGUUAUCUUUUCUGGCCAGCUGUCAGGCCUGUGUGAUAAUUUAUCUCUAUCUCUGUACCCAUUGAUUUUUUUCAUCUGUCUGGUUGCUCGAGUUUACCUGUAUACUUUCUUUCCUGUUCAUCUGCCGGUCCGUUCAUUUCUCUGUCCAUUGCCCUGUGCCCACCUGCCUCCCUCUCUCUUCCUGAACCUCUGAGCCAUGGCCUGGAGUCACAGGGCCACAGUCUGCCUGGUCCUGCUAGGUCUGGGUCUGGGUCUGGCCAUCGUUGUGUUGGCUGUGACCCUCUCUCACCACCGUGCCUCUUGUGGCCCCGGAGCCUUUGCACAUGCUGCCGUCGCCGCUGACUCCAAGAUCUGCUCAGAUAUUGGACGAGCCAUCCUCCAGCAACAGGGCUCACCCACGGACGCCGCCAUCGCUGCCUUGAUCUGUACUGGUGUCGUUAACCCACAGAGCAUGGGUCUGGGCGGAGGGGUCAUCUUCACUAUCUACAGUGCAACAACAGGGAAGGUGGAAGUCAUCAAUGCUCGGGAGACAGUGCCAGCCAGCCAUGUCCAGGGCCUGCUAGAUCAGUGCACAAAGGCCCAGCCACUGGGCACAGGGGCCCAGUGGAUUGGGGUUCCUGGGGAGCUCCGUGGCUAUGCUGAGGCCCACCGCCGACACGGCCGCCUGCCUUGGGCUCAACUUUUCCAGCCCACCAUCGCUCUGCUCCGAGAGGGUUUCCGUGUGCCCUCUGUCCUCAGCCAGUACCUCAGCCACAACUUCCUGCGGCCCUUCUUGUAUUCGUCAUCCCUGAGACAGCUCUUCUUCAAUGGGACUGAAACCCUGAGAUCUCAGGACCCAUUUCCGUGGCCUGCCCUGGCCAACACCCUGGAGACAGUGGCCAUGGAGGGUGCAGAGGCCUUAUACACAGGGAGGCUGGGCCGCGUGCUGGUGGAGGACAUUGCCAAGGAAGGAAGCCUGCUGACAGUUCAGGAUUUGGCUGCCUUCCAGCCUGAAGUGGUGGCCCCCCUGGAGAUGGCCCUGGGAAACUACACCCUGUACUCACCACCACCGCCUGCAGGGGGUGCUAUUCUUAACUUCAUUCUCAAUGUGCUGCAAGGGUUCAACUUCUCGGCAGAGACGGUGGCCCAGCCUGAAGAAAAAGCGAACAUGUACCAUCACCUUGUAGAGACACUCAAGUUCGCAAUAGGGCAGAGGUGGCGGCUCUGGGACUCUUAUAGUCGCCCGGGGAUACAGAACACCUCCCAGAACCUUCUUGGGGAAGCUCUAGCCCAGCACAUUCGCCAGAAGAUCGACGGCCGCGGUGACCACCAGCUCAGCCACUACAACCUGAUCGGGGUCAGGGGCAACAGGAUGGGCACUUCUCAUGUGUCGGUGUUGGGAGAGGACGGCAGUGCUGUGGCAGCUACCAGUACCAUCAACACACCCUUCGGAGCCAUGGUGUACUCACCCCGGACAGGCAUCCUCCUUAACAACGAGCUCCUGGAUUUAUGCUGGAGGCACGGGCCAGGUUCCACUGCCACUCCUCCACCUGUUCCAGGUGAGCGCCCACCGUCUUACAUGGUACCCUCCAUCUUGGUCAACAAGGCACAGGGAUCCAAGCUGGUGAUUGGUGGGGCUGGUGGGGAACUCAUCGUGUCUGCUGUGGUCCAGACCAUCAUGAAUAAGCUGUGGCUUGGCUUUGACCUGACAGAAGCCAUUGCAGCCCCCAUCCUACACGUCAAUAGCAAGGGCUAUGUGGAGUAUGAACCCAAGUUCAAUGAGGAGGUGAAGAAGGGACUGCAAGACCGGGGCCAGAGCCAGAGCCCGCGGCUCUUUUUCCUGAACUCUGUCCAGGCUGUGUCCCAGGAAGGACCCUGUGUCUAUGCGGCAUCUGACCAGAGGAAGGCUGGAAAGGCUUCAGGAUACUAAGAGAGCUUUGCCCAGAGGUGGGAUCUGACCCUAGAUGAGUCCUGGGCUUCAGAUGGAUGAGGCUGUAGAUCUAAGUGCUCCAGGACCUGGAACCUUUGCUACGAGAUCAACCUGGGCCUGCAGAGGACAGGGACCAGCUCGACAGAUGAAUGACUGAGAGGGAAGGACUGACUUGUCCAUAGUCCCUUCCCAACACCUCUGGUGACCCUGCUCUGCCUCUUCUAGCCUCCCUCGGCAUCAUGCCCAUAUUCCAACUGGUGUGCCUACCAGUCCAGGAUUAAAGAGGAGCCAUACUGUGGGCUGAUUUGGUGGUUCUCAGCAGUUAGGGGACCCCCAGACAGUGCCCAGUGAUAUACAAUACACCUCACACUCCUGUGGUCCUUCAUGGCUCCAUUCACCAUCAAAACUGGGGAACUGGGCAGUGAACGGAGGGCGUCCACCUCUACCCCGCUCAAGCUACAGUGUGUCUGGGGGCUUCACAGUGUGGCUGCCUCCCAUUUUGCCUGCCAGUGAGAAGGCAGGAGUGUGGCUUAUAGUACUUUCCCUCAACUCUCGUGAGACCCUAAUCCCCUCCAGGAAAAUGUCGAUUGAAGCAAUUUUUUUUUUUUUUGAUUUUUUGAGACAGGGUUUCUCCAUAGCUUUUUGGUUCCUGUCCUGGAACUAGCUCUUGUAGACCAGGCUGGCCUCGAACUCACAGAGAUCCGCCUGCCUCUGCCUCCCAAGUGCUGGGAUUAAAGGCGUGCGCCACCACCGCCCAGCUCCUGGCUCAGGUCUUAAUAUUGCAUGUUCCCGAGACUAGGGCUCAUUCUUGGUAGUACUGACAUGUGAGAUGAGGUGACUUUUUGUUGCUUAGAGCUGUCCCUACAUGGCACACCCGUGGCACAAUAGCAUCCCUCAUAUUCCCGCAGACACAGCAGCACAACUCUCUGGACAGGGUUAUACAUCCCUGGUUGAGCAGUACUGCUUUGGAUGAGUGGGAAACUCUGCAGACUAUCCAGUAGGGUGCCUGUUAUGAAGGACUUCCUAGAGGAACCUAAGCAUCUUGUAUCACACUCCUGGGAGCAUCAGGCAUUUCUGGGUCACCCCAAGUAUCUGCAGGAGUUGCUUUAGUAAAUCCAGGGUGCCACAACAACCUGCAUGACUUACACAUGCAUCUUAAAGAAAUCCAUCACUCUGCUUCAACGGUUAAAAAGCUCUUUUUGAAAAAACAAAACUCUUUUUGCUAGGACCUAGGUUUUAACUCCCAGCACCCACAUGAUGGUUCAUCACCAUCUGUAACUCCAGUUUCUAGGGAUCUGAUGAUCAUUUCUGAUCUCUAUAAGCACCAAGAAUACAUGCAGGCAGAACACUCACACAUAA